AUGCAACGCGCAGAGUUUACUUCUUGCGAUAGUAACACAGUUACGUCACAUCCAAUGAGCGAGCAGCUCUUAGGCUGGAUAUUAAUUUGGCGGAAAUCUACAAUGAACGAAGUUUACCCCUGGAGUCCAGCUAUGAAACAAUAUCAUCGAGCAAACAUGCAUCUCUUUCGACUUACAGGAACAAAGUUAGAAUUAUUAUGUUACAUACGUACUGAAUUUGAUCCCUUGUGUAUUACGUUUGAUGCAUGCGAUGACAAUGUUAUUCAUUCUGUAGAACAAAAAGUUUCAAGAAAGGGAGAAGUUACCGUAGAAUGGCGUACGUAUGAAGUUUCCCGGCAGAAUAAAUUAAAAAGGAUUGCUGUGACUUCCGUGCAAUUGCCAACGCAUACCAGUUGCGUGAGAUUUUCACCUAAUCAAGAAUUAUUACUUUUGUGUUGCAUCGAUGGUACUAUUAUGAUCUACGAUCAAAUCAAAUCGACAAGUACCAGUGUAAAAGCUGCUUUUAUACCUACUUUAGCUGCUUGGCAUAGCGAUGGUAUAAUAUUUGUGGUAGGUAAUGAUAGAGGCCAGUUUCAACACUUUGAUAUCACUUUAACAUGUAUCAAGAGCCAAACAUUAAGCGACGAGGCAACGCCAGCGAAUAUUCUCGACUUGUCAUCAUAUUUCAGGAAUCAGCACGCCCUAUUGUAUAUGGAAUGGAACAGAAAAACUGAUGCGAGUCAGAUUCGUUAUCGCGCCAAUGGCAAUUCUUUAUUCUUGUUACUUUUCGAACGAGGACCGAUUGGCGUUAUCAAAAUGAUCGAAGGCGAUACUCUUUCGGGGGAUGAAUUGGUCAGAAGAUAUUUGUCAGAGUCUCGGGCGGAACAAGCAACUUCCUUGUUGUUAUCGAUGAACUGGGAUACGUAUCCACGUGUAUGCAUGCAUUCGCUCAAUCAAAUCUUAAAUUAUUUAUUCAAGUUACCAUUAACAACGGAACGCGAAGGUUUGAUACAGAAUGCACUGGGUAGUUUUCAUAUACCUAUUAAACCGAUAAGCCAAGCUGUCGAAGAAGAAUAUGGGGAUGAAGUGAGAGACUUGACGAGGCGAUUCUUCCAUCACUUGUUAAGGUAUAAGAUGUUUGAAAAGGCUUUCCGGCUAGCAAUUGAUCUAAAUGAUCACGAUCUUUUUAUGGACAUACAUUUCUACGCUAUGGUCUUGAAUGAUAUGGAACUGGCGACUGCAGCCAAAGAGAAAGCUGAGAGUAUUCUAAGCAGAUCAAACAGUUGCAGUGGCUCGCAUUCCACGUGUUCGAGAACUUCAUGCUCUAUAUGUUCUGAUUCGAGCAAUGAGAAGGAAGAAGAAGAUGAGGAAGAGGAGGAGGAGAUAGCUACGUAUAGUGAAGAGAGUGAAGAUUCUCGAAGAGAACAACGACCUAAUCUAAAACGGUCGAAAAAGCGACGUUAUAGAAAAGCCUCCAACUCGAGUCAAAUCCCACCCUUACCAAUUGUCCAUCCUCAUCAUACCGUGAAGAACACGCUUUGCGCAUCCUACAAUAACAUUCCGUCCAACACUAAGACUGAUUAUAUCUUGGUACCUUCGUCUCUCGACACUUGUGACAAUAUUUUAACAACUUCGUUUAAUCACUCUUCGUACGUUUCGAGCCCAUAUUUAGCAUCGACCUCUUUUAACAAAUCAUACGGUACACAUUCAAAUUUUACACCGACUAACGCAGUGAACAUGAUUAAUAGUUGUCAAGUGUUUAACAACGCAUCGGACGAUUUGAUGACCACGUCAUUCGGUAGUAUUUCUCUUACUGAAUCAAAGGUAAUGGGCGAUAAUCAGUCUGGCAAUAAUUUCGACGAGAGAUCGUUACUGAACGAAAUACCGUAUUCUUUCAAUGAUUCCGCCACCAAUGUAAUGACAACUUGCGCGCCGGACGAUAGCCUCAUCUCUACUCCUUUCAACAAGCCGAUAUAUGAAACGGAAGAUGUUGAGACUAAUUAUUUGGCGAGUUGCUUAAACGUUGACAAUAAUAUUAUGUCGACGUCAUUUAGUACUCGAAUCGCUAGCACUCCUGUCUCGCGUAGCAAUUCCGUCAAUGCGCUAAUAGCGAACAAUAACGCUGAAACAACUCUAUCACGAAGUGUAAAAUCUUCAAAGAUAUCUGAUAAAUCGCCAACUAAAUCAUCUCUCAUUGAUACUCAUAUAACGGAUCAAUUGUCUCUUCCGGAUAGUAUUUGUACCACUUCGUUUAAUUAUCCCGAAGGAUAUACAACUCUUGAAGGUAGCGAUAUUACAUUUAACAACGUCAGUAAUGAAGCUGUUAAAUUACAACAUCCCAUAAUCACAGAGGAGAAGGAAACUGACAUCGCUAUUCCACCACCAUCUUCUCUGAUAAAUUCCCUCACCAAUUAUCUUCAUGGUUUACCUAGGAAAAAUUAUCUUUUGUCUAGAAGCGCUCAAGGUUUGUCAAAUGUUAAAGAGUUGGACAAGUUUGCGUCGAAUAAAACACACGUGUCGUCGGGCAUUUUACAAAAACAGAAUUCCACAACAUGUAACAUCCCUGAAAGUCAGAAAACAUCUCUAUCCUUCAAAACAUAUAGAUACAAUUACGAUCUAGAUUACAUACCAUUUCACGGCACGGACGACACGGACUUGCAACUUUCACAAACAGUUAGCAGAAGAUUUCCCUCGCGUAACUUUCAUCCUAGCUACAGCGUGCAACAUGGAUUAUUUGAGAAUAGAUACUCGUCGAGAUGUUCCCAAAACAAUACAAAUGUUGACGUGAAUAGAGAAACCAAGAUGCUUUCUAACGUACCACCUCUGCCUGUAAUUAAUUCCAAGAUUUGCUCCACGUGUCCGUCGUUUGCCGACACGUCAAGUUCUCUCUCGAACGAAAAGCCAAAAGUGAAGUUUUCAGAUACUGUCACUCACAUACUAGUACCUGGCACAACUCAAGUGUAUAGACCAAAACGAUCUACUGCUCAAACACACGUAAUGGAUCCUAAACGUGAACUAGCCGAGAGUCUUCCACUUUGCCUGGGUAAUGAAGAUUACCUUAAAGAUUUUCAACCACUAUGUAAAGACAAUGCGGAAAAAGUAAAAGAAUCUCCGAAGACUGACGACAGUACAAAGAUUAAAGUCGUGCAUUUUGGUUUAUUGUAAACCAGUAUUAUUGAAAUGAACAUGCG